GAACGUAAUUUAAAGUGAGAGAACCAGUUUACUUGAUUCUGGAUCUAAACCGAAGCGGACAUAAGCUUGGUUUAAAUGUACCAAAAAGAAAGAAUUGAACCAAUUGGUACGGUUCUAAUCUUGGUUCCGGUAAAAUGAAAAGGAAUUCUAAAGAGAUUGAGAGCUGUAAAGUUGGAAUCGAAGGAAGAAGAGACAAGAGAAAGUGAGGAAAUUAAUGGCGUUGAGCUCAAUGACAUGGGGUUACGCACGGAUCAUAGCUGGAACACUUCUCGGCGGGGCCCUCGGAUUCUACGUAAUGCAUCGCAUCGAAGUUAGCUACAAGAUGAGGAUGGAGGAAGCGUUGAAUCAAUACGAGAAGGAUAUGCAGAAGAGACAAGAAGAAGAAAAUCUUAUUCAGAUCAAUGAAGAAUCUGUUUAGCUUAUUUCUUGGUAGCAUGCCUUCAAAGUGUUCGAUGAAAUGCCCAACAGAUGUUUGAUGCUGUUUUGACUUUUUUUCUCUCAUGUAUUUUUCGGUUUGGUUUGGUCUGGCAUUAUGAAAAUGUUUCAUUUGUCUUUGGUUUAAUAACUAUAUACCAUGAUGGUGGACCAGAGAAGCAGCCAUAUUGAGCAUUAUAUGUAUCUUUCAUCUAUUCAAAUGUUUCUUAAAGAAACAACUAAAUCCUUAUUACAUCAAAAUUGCUGUUCCAUCCAAAUCCUUAAUCAGUUAUGUUUCUGUUGUUGUUGUUGUUGUCGUUGUCUGUUAGAAUGUGAUGAGGAUUUGAUGUAUUAGCUACAUAACUUUGAUUUUGG